AUGGGGAGUCUUCGGCUCCUCCCAUGCCACCCUCCUUGCCUCCUCCUCCUCCUCCUCGUCGCCUCCGCCGCCAUCGCCGGCGGCGGCGUGCGGUGCGCGCCGGUGUACCGGGCGGACUACCUGGUGGACGGAAACCAGCUGGUGGACAUGCAGUACCACAUGGGCCCCGUCGUGUCGGGGUCGCCGACCAACCUGUACCUCAUCUGGUACGGGCGCUGGGAGCCCGCCGCGCAGGCCGUGCUCCGGGACUUCCUCGCCUCGCUCUCGCCGGCGGCGGGGGCGCCGUUCCCGGCGGUGUCCGACUGGUGGGGCCGCACGCCGCGGAUGUACACGGACCAGACGGGCGCCAACGUGACGGGCACGCUCGCCGUCGCCGGCGAGCACUCCGACGCGGGGUACUCGCACGGCGCGUCGCUGCGGCGGCUCGACAUGCAAUCCGUCAUCCGCUCCGCCGUGUACGCCUACCCGAACCCGCUGCCGCUCGACCCCUACAGCGGCGUCUACCUGGUGCUCACCUCGCCGGACGUGCAGGUGGAGGAGUUCUGCCGCGCCGUCUGCGGCUUCCACUACUUCACCUUCGCGUCCGUCGUCGGCGUCACCGUGCCGUACGCGUGGGUCGGGAACAGUGGCACGCAGUGCCCCGGGAAAUGCGCGUACCCGUUCGCCGCGCCGGACUACGGCGGCGGCGCCGGGCAGGUGCUGCGGCCGCCGAACGGCGACGCCGGGGUGGACGGGAUGGUGAUCGUGCUCGGCCACGAGCUGGCGGAGCUGACCACGAACCCGCUGGUGAACGCGUGGUACGCCGGGGACACGCCCACGGCGCCGACGGAGAUCGCCGACCUCUGCCUGGGGGUGUACGGCGACGGCGGCGGCGCCGGCGGGCUCGUCGGGAACGUGUCGCGCGCCGCCGACGGCGCCUCCUACAACGUCAACGGCGUCAACGGCCGGCGGUUCAUGGUGCAGUGGCUCUGGAACCCCGUCCGCGGCGCGUGCUACGGCCCCAACGCCGCCGGCGCCUGA